AUGAGGUACAUUUGUGCCAAGGUCUCCUGUCCCAUACUUGGCCAUAUACAGCAGAAAACCGAGAAACUGCAAGAAGUAGCCAGAUCAACAGGGCUAGAGGUCAACGUCAACAAAACUAAAUGCCUCAGGAUUAACCCAGGCAGCAUGCAAGGCAUCCACAUAGAAGGACAAGCCAUUGAAGAUGUUGACACCUUCACAUAUCUGGGCAGCAUUGUCAGCAAGACAGGGGGUACAGAGGAAGACAUCAAGGCCAGAAUAGGAAAAGCCCGCCAUGCGUUUGCAACACUGAGACCAGUGUGGAAAAAUCACAAGAUCCACCUGAAAACUAAGAUCAGACUCUUCAACACAAACGUGAAGACAGUCUUCCUUUACGGUGCUGAAACCUGGAGGACGAAACGCCUGGACCAGAGUCUGCAAGUAUUCAUCAACUACUGCUUGAGACAAAUCUUGCAGAUACGAGUAAGGGACUAA